AUGUACUCUGGCAUUUUUGGCCUCUACUACGCCCAGGAAUAUCGCUUCGUCUCUCUUCCUCUCCUCAAUGUCCAGGCCGAGGCAUCCAUUAAAGAGCUUGCUGCCCAAGUAAAGCUCACUCAGACCUACGCCAAUGACGCCAAUGUGCCUAUUGAGGCGUCAUACACCUUCCCCAUUCCCUCUCGAGCAGCAGUCUGCAGCUUUGUUAUGAUCAAACAAGAUGGAACUCGGGUUGUUGGAAUUGUCAAGGAGAAGCAAGAGGCUCGGGAGACUUACCAAACUGCCGUCGCAGCUGGACAUCAGGCAUCUCUCUUGGAGCAGCAGACUCCAGAUGUAUUUCAGGUGUCGGUUGGCAAUAUUGCAUCAAACGAGCAGGUCCAGAUUGAGCUCAUUUACGCGACAGAGCUUGCUGAAGACGAAGAGAGCGAUUCGAUUCGAUUCCAUCUCCCAGUCCACAUCGGUGCUCGUUAUGGUCAUGCCCCUACUUCCCCUCGUACCUUCUCCUUCCGCAACUUCUUCCUCAAGGCCAAAUCCUCCCCUCCACCGUUCCUGACUGUGGCAUUGAAUGUCGAAGCUCAAGCGCCGAUCGCUAAGAUUGGCUCUCCUUCCCACACUGUUUCGACGGAACUGGGUCCCGAUCCAAAGCUCCCCAACUUCAACGAAUUGCCGUUCUCGAACUAUGCCCGCAUCUCGCUGUCGUCAGAGUCGAUGCUGGACAAGGACUUCGUGCUUACGGUAAAAUCAGCUGGUCUUGAUGCCCCUCGUUGUGUUGCCGAGUUGCAUCCCACAGACAAUACUGUCGCAAUGGCGCUGACUCUUGUCCCGCGCUUCAAACUCCCCGAUGUCUCCCGUCAAGAAUUCGUCCUCCUGGUGGACCGCAGUGGUUCAAUGGGUGGAAGCCGUAUAGAGGCCGCCAAAAAAGCGAUGGUCGUCAUGCUUCGCGCGAUCCCGCACAAAGACUCGCUCUUCCAAAUCAUGUCCUUCGGGUCUCAUUGUAGCUCCCUCUGGACAGAAGGCAGCAAACCCUACAACCAAGAGACUCUCGAACAGGCGACACAGCAUGUCGAUUCGAUGAGCGCGGAUUUCGGUGGGACAGAGAUUCGUAGCGCGCUGGCCAAGUGUUUCCGCGAUCGCAAAACGGACCGCCCGUUAAGCGUGUUGAUGUUAACGGACGGUGAAGCUUGGGAUUUAGAAGGAGUGCUAGCUGAGUGCAAAAGCGCUGUCGAAAGCGCACCAAAAAAUGCGUAUAUUCGUAUCUCAGUUCUCGGCAUUGGAGACGGGGUCUCGACUGCCAUGUGUGAGGGUAUCGCACGGAUUGGGAAUGGGACGUGCAUGCUUGUCGGCGAACAGGAGAGCAACUUUACCGGUAAAAUAUCCCGAAUGCUCAAAGCAGCCAAAUCGCCGCCGAUAUCGGACAUCACCGUCGACUGGGGACAGCCUGAAGUGAUCGAAUCGGCAGUUGUGGAGUCCAAAGACGACGACGGGUUCGAGAUGGUCGAAGAAGAGUCUGGUGAAAAGCCUAAACCCAAGGCGAAGCUCAAUAUUUUCGAUGACAGCAUUGAUGAUCCCAUCACUGCGGAGUCUGCUCCUGCGCCGCCGCCUCCUCCUGUCAGCCUUCCUCCACCAGCAUAUGUUCAGCAGGCACCAUUCAAGAUACAGAACCUCUUCCCCAACGUGCGUCUCAAUGUCUAUGCGAUUCUACAAGACAAACACACACCGAAGACCGUUAUACUUCGCGGAAAAACUGUCGAUGACGCCGAAAUUGAGCUCCCCGUAUCUGUCACCGUUAGCCAACUCCAAAACCUACCCGAGGCUCCUCCAGCAGUCCACGCUCUCGCUGCUCGCAAGAUCAUUCAAGAUCUCGAAGACGGUCGACAUGGUGUUGCUAAGACCCUCAAGGAUUCAAACGACUCGGAUUUGUUGGCGCGCACUGUCAAGGCCUUGAUUGUCCGACUCGGCAAGACGUAUUCGAUCGUCUCGACACACACGUCGUUUGUCGCUGUCGAUGAGAGCGAUCCGGCCAAGAAAAUGCCUGUCUUUGUGCCAGUUGAGCAAAGCGAGAAAGAAAGCGGCAGUGUCAAAAGGGGAGGGGGAGGUCCUUUGCGCAUGUCAAAAAUGGCCACAGGUGGCAUGGUUCAACGCUCUGCGGCUAUGCCUCCACCUCCUGCAGGGGCAAUGUUUGGAGCUGCUCCGCCCCGGCCGAUGAUGGCCGCUCCCCCAGUGAUGAUGGCCGCUCCGGCAGCACCAUCUCCGCAAGCCAGCUCACGCUCCGCUGCUGCCCCGGAUCUCUCAUCGUACAACUACUCAAGUGUUUCAAGCCUGGUUCUUACUGCAGAUCGGUCAACCGUUUCAUCGCGGUCAGCUGCUCCCUCUUUCAUGCGCAGGAAAGUCGCAAGGGCGGCCGCAGAAGAAGAAACAGUUGCUCGACCCCCUACACCUUCUGAUCCGUUGGAAGCACUCGCCCGCUUGCAGGCGUUUGAUGGUUGCUUCUCACUCGACGUGCUUAAAGUCGUCAAACUCGCACCGGCAAAGGACGUUGAUGCUGUUCGUGCAGUGUUGCCGCCCAACUCCUCUGAUGCAGUUAUCGCGACGUUGCUAGCCAUGGCCUUCCUCGCGAACAAACUAGGCGCGGGGGUGGAACGGGAUUCGUGGGGAGGGGAUGUACGAGAAGGCAGAGGAGUAUGUCCAGGGCGCAUUGCAGGAUUUGGGUGUGUCUGA